AUGAACGAAGCUGCCGAGGUGGAUAACGUAUUCUCUAUACAAGAAGUGGACGUAUGCAAAGAUUUUACGCAAGCACAACAAAAGCAGAUCAUGACCAUUGUCAAUAAGCAUGAAGAUCGUUUUGCAAGCAAGCUGACAAAGGUUGGAGAGCUCAAGGUGGAACCUUAUCGAAUGGCGCUGAAGGAUGAUGCACGUCCCAAGAAGCCCAUCAACUCGGCUACAGUGGAUUCUGGUUACCCUAUUCCAAACAUCCAUGAGCUGUUUACACGUUUGGGAGGUGCAAACUACUUUUCUAUUAUGGACGCGAUGAAAGGCUUUUGGCAGUUACCAUUCCAUGAGGAAUCAAGGGACUUGACGGGCUUUGUAGUAAACUGUGGAGGAUACUCUGAAUGGCGUUGGAAGCGUUUGGCCAUGGGAUUGAAAGGAAGUCCGGGCGCAUGGCAAAGCCUGAUGGAUGAUUUUUUCAAGGAUCCAAUUAAUGUGUAUCUCAUGGUGAAUAUCGACGACGUAGUGGUGUACAGCAAGACGUUUGAUGAAGAUUUGCAACAUUUGGAUGAGGUAUUCAAGAUGGCCAGCCAUGUCAACCUCUCAUUUUCAAAAUGCAAGUGGAAGGAUUUGAAAUGCUUGAUACGAAGGUAUCCAAGAUCAUUAAAUGGGCCAAUACCUCAAGAUAAGGAAGAGUUGUCCCGUUUCAUUGGUUCGGUACCAUACUAUCGACGUUUUAUACCUCACUUUUCUACUUUGUUGGAGCCAUUGAAUCGAUUACGAAGAAAGGGUAUUGACUAUGUAUGGGGAGAAGAUCAGCAGGCGAGUUUCGAUGAAUGCAAGAGGUUGAUGUCGAUCAAGCCCAUAUUACAACAUCCGGAUUUCACACGCAAGUUCUAUUUGUUCACCGAAGCCUCGGAUGUGGGAUUAGGUGCUGUACCCACGCAGCGAGGUGAAGAAGCUAUGGAUAGCACACAAGUAUAUUUGCCCAUCUACUUUGGCAGUCGAAGCCUGAACGAUGCUCAACGAAGAUGCUCUACCUAUGAGAGAGAGUUUAUGGCUAUUGUUUACUUUGUGAACUUCUUUCGUUUGUAUUUGUUGGGUCGCGAAUUCGAGGUGAUCACUGAUCAUAAGGCAUUGUCUUUCUUGCCGGAUAUCAAGGAGAACACCUCUGCUCGUGUGGCACGAUGGAUGGUUACACUAUCCAUGUACGACUUCGAGAUCCGCUAUAUGCCAGGAAGGUUGAAUGUCGUUGCAGAUGCCAUGUCAAGCAUGCCUUUGGAUGUGAGCGAUGCUACAGCAGCUGAAGAAGUCAUUGUGGAUGAGUAUCUACCAAUGUAUGCUAUCCAUGAAGAUGAACAUCAAGAGGACGCAUCAAGAAAACGGCUGAGAGUAUAUAAGGAUUGGGGAGGACUUGAAUAUGUAUGA